UUUCAGCCGGUGUGGAGCUGGCUUGUCCGCACACAGACCCCCCUCAGCUCAGCGGGGCUCUGCCGGGAUGAGGUGCGUGUCGCUGCCUGUUGUGCGUCUUCGGUGCAUCGCUUUUUUACCUUGCCUCGCGGCGGAAAAACAAACCAAACAAACUGAGCGCAGGAGAAAAAGCGAAGCCACACACGCGGACGUAGAUGCGCGCGGAAGCAGGGGACACAGGAGAUCUGAGAGAAAGUGACUCUGCAAACACUUUUUGUUCGGAGACUCGCCUCUGAAUCGGCGCUGCUCGGUCGGCUCUUUGUGCUGCGGGCGGCAGCGUUUCCAUUUUGGGCAGAGAGUCCUCCAAGAUAGAUUCCCUCAGGAGUAAAGUGGACUUGCUGCGCCUGCCACUCGCCCUCUCGUCCAAGUCCAUCAGCAACCGCAAGAGCCAGUUGGGCGUGGUCUGGGAGAAGGGCGGCGGCUCGGGGACAGGGGUGACUCUGAAACUCCGCCCACCGCCGGCCACUGACAUGGACAACGAGUCGACGUACUCGGGAUACUCCUACAAGUCGUCCCACUCACGGACUUCCCGCAAACACAGAGAGCGAAGGGACAGGCAUCACUCCAAGAGUCGUGACAGCAGCAGCCGUGGAGACAAAUCCGUGAUCAUCCAGGCUCCAGGGGAGCCGCUGCUGGAUGCCGAGUCCACUAGGGGAGAAGAAAGGGAUGACAACUGGGGCGAGACCAACACUGUGGUCACGGGCACAUCUGUGGAUAGCAUCUCCAACGAGGACCUGACACGGAUCUCCAAGGACAUAGACGAGUCUUUGCCGCUAGAGUGCCGUCGUUAUGUCAGCCCAGCGCUGGGUGCCAUUCUGGGCCUCCUCUCCCUAAUCACUCCUCUAGCCUUCCUUGCCCUCCCACAGCUCUUGUGGCGGGACACGCUGGACCCUUGCGGCACGCCAUGUGAAGGUCUCUACAUUUCCUUGGCCUUCAAGCUCCUGAUCCUCCUCAUCUCCACAUGGGCGCUGUUUCUCCGUCCGCCCAGAGCCACUCUGCCGCGCUUUUUUGUCUUUCGCUGUCUGCUGCUGGCGCUGGUCUUUCUCUUCGUGGCGUCCUAUUGGCUCUUCUACGGUGUACGGGUGCUGGAGCCCAGAGAGACUGACUACAGGGGGAUUGUGGGAUAUGCAGCCUCUUUGGUGGAUGCGCUGCUGUUCAUUCAGUAUCUGGCCCUGGUGCUGUUGGAGGUCAGGCACCUGCAGCCCACUUUCUGUCUAAAGGUUGUGAGGAGCACAGAUGGAGUCAGCCGUUUCUACAAUGUGGGACAUCUCAGUAUCCAGCGAGCAGCAGUGUGGGUUCUAGACCAGUACUACAGCGACUUCCCCGUCCACAACCCCGCUCUGCUUAACCUCCCCAAGUCCAUCCUCACCAAGAAGAUGUCAGCCUUCAAAGUCUACAACUUGGGUGAAGACAACAGCACCAAUAACUCCACCGGGCAGUCCAGGGCUAUGAUCGCAGCCGCUGCCCGGAGAAGAGACAACUCUCACAACGAGUACUACUAUGAGGAGGCAGAGGUGGAGCGAAGGGUCCGCAAACGUAAAGCUAGGCUGGUGGUAGCAGUAGAAGAGGCAUUCACCCACAUCAAACGUCAUCAGGAAGAAGAGGCGACUGCGUCCUCUCCCAAACACCCGCGGGAGGUGAUGGACCCCAGGGAGGCAGCUCAGGCCAUCUUUGCCCCCAUGGCACGGGCCAUGCAGAAAUACCUCCGUGCCACCAGACAGCAGUCUUACCACAGCAUGGAGAACAUCAUCAACCAUCUUCAAUUCUGCAUUACACACAACAUGACCCCCAAGGCCUUCCUCGAGCGUUACCUCAUCCCAGGUCCCACUCUCCAGUAUCUAGACAACAGCAGGGGGCGCCAAUGGACACUAGUGAGUGAGGAGCCAGUGACGGCCUCUUUGCGCCAGGGCCAGGUCUUCUGCCUGAGACGCCUCGACUUCUCCCUGGUUGUCACAGUAACGUCCCUUCCCUUUCUGCGUCUUGGCGAGGAGUUCAUUGACCCCAAAAGCCACAAGUUUGUCAUGAAGCUCCAGUCAGAGACAUCUGUGUAGAAGGACGAUGCAAAGAGGAGGAGCAGAAAAGUGAAUCAUAGAUGCCAGCAUUCAGGGUUCUUUUUUUUCAAUACUUUUUGGUAUUGCAUAGUUGUUAUUUCAUGGUCACAACUGCAUGUCAAUCUGUCACCCAAGUACACACAGCUGAAAAUAUGACAGACAAAGAUAAGGCAAGGCAAGGCAAGUUUUAAGGGCUGGCAUGUUCCUCUUUUGGUAGACCGAGUCAUCUGACUCUUAAGAACGCUGACUGCUCACUUCUGAUAAAGCACCGCGGAUUGUUUCCAGUUCCCGUCACAGUGAAAGACACAGUUCUUUAAUAGUACUCAGCGUUCUUAACAUUUUAUGUACAAAUAUAAUGAGUUAUCCUGGAAAAAAUAAGUUUGUAAUUUGUGUCUCGUUUAUCCAGUGUAAUAUACACAAGAGGGACUUCCAGUGGCUUUAGACAUUCAGGUUUGUUUAGUGUGAAGAACACUAUUUCUUAGUUCCUUUUUCCUCUUUGACCUUAGGUAUGAAUGUGGCCUUUACAGGCAGUCAGUUAACAGAAAAAGUAACUAGACGUCUUCCUGGAAUUAUCUCAACUUUUGCCUGAAUUGACCUAUUGAAAGGGCAAUGAAACCGUUUUGCUUUUGUUGUUCAGCUGUGCCUUUAUAUUUGGUAUUAUGUCUGUGAUUUCCUAACUUUCCUAUUCUGUGAGAGCAAAUACAACAAUUAAAGCACAAAGUAGCAUCCAGUUACUGUGGGACCAGAUUAUAUUUAGUGACACAGUAAUUUAAGUCUAGAUAACACUAAUUUCACAACGCUACGGCUUUGAUUACAGGCGUAUGAGCCCAGUUGGACUCAGAAGGAUCACUUUAUAGCAACUGGUUGAACGGAAGACAAUUAAUUUUCAGUUUUCACUGUUUAAAUCUAUGGUGCAGAUCAUUUGUCUCCCCCUUUUGGCAGUCAGUCUAUCACACAAACACUGUCCCCUACACUGUCUACUCCCUCAGUCCCUUCUCUUCCGUUAGUGCUAACCACCUAGAAAAAGCCACAGCAGUGCGAAUUUGUGGUUGUCAGUCUGCUUCAUUGUUCAUGAUCCUGCUCUACGCUGAAUUCGUAGAACCCAGGUUACAUUCAUAACCCUUAUCUAGCCACCAUACUCCUGGUGGCCGUAAGUUACUACAGCUGUGCUGCCAUGUGUGUUGUUGUGUUGCUCCCUUCUUCACCUCAGGCAUACAUUUCCGCUUGAGACACUCUUGCCGAAGCGGGAAUCUCGCCGCAUUCCUCUCUGACAAACCGAUCGCUGCUGACUGAAGUGAAUUCAUCAGGCUCAUGGACCCUUAUAGCGCAAAACGCCACUUCCAGUGCCAGAGAUUUAAGACUCGGAUAUGGGGUUAUAUACGUAGAGAUUUACCUGGUGCUGAUUAGUCCACACAGUCGCCCAAUUCGGCUUUAAGUGCUUUAAGAUUAUCUCUUUCCAAAUCAUGGAAGAGGUGCAGCUGUUUAGUAGCAGAUGAUAAAGCUGUGAACUGUGCGUGUGGAGGUUCCCACAAAGGCCUGGUAAGAUCGAUUACUAUAUUGUUUUCUUCUGACUACUUUUUUCAGGUCUUUAAUGUAAACACUUCUGUAAACACUGGAGGUUAACAGGUCAGUCCAGUCAUUGGGUUGAGAUACGUCUGUAUGUCUUUUCUACACUACAUGUAGAUAUUGUGCAAGCGGUUAAUGUGUACAUUUUGAUGCCAUUUUCUAAGAUCUUAUUUUCAUGUUUGUUUUUUGUUGUGCUGAAACUAAGCUCCUAACCCCUGUCUCUAAAAGAUACCGCCUUUUAAAGUAAGACUGCUUACUGAAGUAAAAUGUUUUUAAAUAAAUGUUUUCUUGUGAAGUGA